UCGUCUCCCUGAUUUUCUUGCUCUUUCUUGAUGUUUAAUGCCCAUCUCUUUUAAACCUCUGCUUGGUUCCAGAGAAAAUGAGACUGGCUUUCUAAUUGUCAUAGAAAAUGGGCUUUCUGAGUAGUUUAUUGGAAAUUAUUGGAUUUGGAAUUGGAAUUCCCAUAGGAUUUUUUGUGGGUUUUCUCAUAUUAAUGUAUUUGGAGCCCAAAGAAGUAAAGGAUCCAGUUGUUAGGCCAAUCGAAGAGUUUGAUUCUAGCUCCUUGCUUGAUCUUUACCCGGAGGUUCCUUUUUGGGUGAAGAAUCCAGACUAUGAUCGAGUCGAUUGGUUGAAUAGGUUUAUAUAUGAUUUGUGGCCUUGCCUUGAAAAGGCAAUAUGUGCUCAAAUCCGAAUUAUGGCUAAGCCUAUAUUUGCUGAAUAUGUUGGAAAGUUUCAGAUAAACUCCAUAGACUUUGAGACCCUUAGUCUUGGAACUCUUCCUCCAAUAAUUCACGGUAUUAAAGUAUACGAAGUUAAUGAAAACGAGCUAGUUUUUGAGCCUGCUGUUAAAUGGGCCGGAAAUUCCAACAUUACGAUGGUGCUGAGAUUGUUGUUCCUACGAAUCACAAUACAGUUGACAGAUGUACAAAUAUGUGCAGAACCAAGGAUAAUUUUGAAACCUUUUGUGCCGACCUUCCCGUGUUUUGCCAGCAUCAUAGUGUCUUUAAUGGAAAAGCCAUAUGUAGAUUUUGGGUUGAAAGUACUGGGAGCGGAUGUCAUGGCAAUCCCAGGUUUCUAUCAAUUUGUUCAGGAAAUUAUAAGAAAACAGAUUGCUAGCCUUUAUCUCUGGCCUCAUACUCUUGAAAUUCCUAUCCUCGACAGUUCCGUAGGAGCUGUGAAUAAGCCAUUGGGCAUACUGCACGUGAAAGUUCUGUGUGCACGCAAUCUCUUGAAGAAAGACUUUAUCGGAAUGUCUGAUCCAUAUGUUCAACUCAGCCUAAGUGGGGAGAGGCUUCCGGCAAAAAAGAGUUCUAUCAAGAUGAACAAUCUGAACCCUGAUUGGAAUGAGGACUUUAAACUUUUGGUGAAGGACCUUCAGUCUCAAGUUCUUCAGUUGCAUCUCUAUGAUUGGGAAAAGUUUGGGCCACACGACAAACUAGGAAUGCAAGUGAUCCCACUGAAAUUACUCAUGCCACAUGAGAAGAAGGAAUUCACGCUUGAUUUGCUUCACAGCAUGAAGCCUGAUGAUCCUCAUAACAAGAAACCAAGAGGGAAAAUUACGGUAGAGAUGACUUUUAACCCUUUCAAACAAGACAACGAAAGAUUUAGUAGACCUCUGGAGAGACACGAGUGGAUUGAAUGUGUAGGAAAAGCAUCUCAAGACAUGUCAUUCUCAAGCGCCGGUUUACUUCUAGUCACGGUCAUUGGUGCCAAGGAUGUGGAGGGAAAGCAUCACAACAACCCCUAUUCUUUGGUCUACUUUAAAGGAGAACAAAAGAAAACAAAGGUGAUCAAGAAAACUAGGGAUCCAAGUUGGAAUGAAGAAUUUCAAUUUAUGCUUGAAGAGCCUCCUUUAAAGGAAACAAUCCAUAUUGAAGUCAUGAACAAGAGGUGGAGAGACAUUAUAUUUCGAUCAAAGGAAUCCAUGGGGCAUGUUGAUAUCAAUCUUAUUGAUGUAGUCAACAAUGGACAUAUGAACGACAAGUAUCAUCUUAUCAAUUCGAAAAAAGGAGUAAUACACCUUGAUAUAAGGUGGAAAGUGAUUUGAGAAUCGCCACCUUUGUCUUUAUUUGUAAAUUAUAGAGUUUUAGUUUUGGUUAUGUUCACAUGAUUUAAUACUCUUGAUUUAUAUAUAUAUUUAAAAAAAAAAA